AGGCAUGGUAUGACGAUGAUGGGUGCAUAUGUGUCCGAGCAUACAUGCCAUUAUGCUCCUAUCUCGCGCUUUUGCCGCCAACAACAACCAUGUCAAUUUACGAGUCGGUGCUCUCAACCCCUCGCUUUCUCUGGGAUCUCUACGUAGAAUAUCUUUGGAACUAUAAACCAGACUCGUGGGUUGCCAGUGGGGCGUCGACCUUCCGCGUUCUAGCGUUCCUCACCAUCUCUCCAUUCAUCGUGUUGACACUCCUCGAUGUUAUCUCAUAUGUCAUUGCACGAACGCUUGGAGUCAUCGACGAUACGAAGGCGGCUACUAGCGAGGAUGUAACUGACACCGGAGGUGUAACUCCAGGCGAAGCACCCAUUAUUCGCAUCCAAGAAUCCGACUCUUCAUCGAGGUCUUCUAGCGAGGAAGUUGACAAGACACCUUCACAUCCACCGCUCACGUAUUUCGAGAAUCCAGUGGAAGGAGAGGGCAAUUUGAAGUUAUCAGGAGUUGAUAUGUUCUCCCCCGCUCCAUCUCAACCGCCUUCGCCAACGCUAUCACGUCGCGAUCUCACCAUUCAUAUGACGCACCAACUGCCGUCAGGCAAGGCUGGCAGGGCGCGUGGGUCCUCCAUAUCGCAACCUUCUCCAUCAUCCACUACUAGCAGUGGACAUUCAUCAUUCGCGAUGUUGGAGAAGGAGUCCGAAUCAGAAGACACCAGUGUACGGAUACGCCAGCGGAGAGGGAAAGGCACAGGAGAUUCGGAAUCAUGAAAUGCAAUUCAAAAAUAGCAAUAGACAACGACGGAGAUCGACAAGGCACGUAGUCCACGCUGCCGAGGAGAACGAGUCCAUGAGAAACUACCAUCCAAAUCUGAGCUGGUCCCUGGUGAAGGUGGGCGGCUUCCACUGUAGAUACUCAGGGUGUAUCUUUCGCUUUCGUUUCUCUAUCGCCUUCUUGUGUCGUUCCUGGAGGCUUUCAGGAAUAGAUAUCACGUGCUGGCCUUUAUAAUGUUUGAAAAGUUGCAGCGUGGUACAUCUGAGAGAGUUGAUUAGCAAUGU